AUGCUUCCUCGGCCGUCGCCGCCAGUGCCCGAUAAAAGUCUUGCGUCAUGUGCUCCCGCUGCUUCCGAGAGGAUCAUGCAUAGCGCCGCCCUUGAUUUGCACAACGUAUGUAUAGUAUGUAAAGUCAAGGUUCAGUAUCAUAGUGUCUCACUACCGACCCACUGUAUCCAGUCUGUCGGUACUGCUGGCCGUGAAGGCAUCGACAGACUGACAUUUCAGUUCUGUCUCUUUCUGUGUCUGCAUGAUGCAAUCCUCAGGCACACUACCUACGGAUCCUGCCCGUGCAUACAAGCUCACUUCUUGACACAAGGCUUGGUUGCUGUGGUAGCCUCAUGGAUUACCUUACAAGUCAUCGCUGAAAGCUCUCUGCCUCAGACAGAGAGAGAGAGAGAAAAUAGAGGAAAGUGGUCUUUUGCUUACUGCCUCACAAAUCGUUUGUGCUCCGACUUGAGCAGCAAUGGUGCAGUGAGAAGAACGUCUGUAUUUCUUUAA